UUAUUAGCUCAAACCCCACUUUACCUUUCUCCAAUAUACACACACACAGUACCCCCUUUUUUCUUCUUUCCACUGUCCUCACUAUCAACCCUUUCACACUCUCCCUUUCUUUCUCUAAAGCUCAUAACUUGGUUUUCUGGUGUAUAAAGGUAAGCUCUUUGAGACCAAUUUUUUCCAUUUUCUUGAGCUAAAAAUGCUAGCUUUAUAUUUGUACAUUUUCUUGGUUCUUUCCAAUUCUUGUGUUUUAGUGAGUUCUUUGAAUAAUGAAGGAAUAGCACUUUGGUCAUUCAAGAAAGGUAUAGGACAAGAUCCUGAAGGUUCAUUAAAUAAUUGGAACUAUUCUGAUGAAACUCCUUGUUCAUGGAAUGGUAUUACAUGCAAAGAUUUUAAAGUUGUAUCUGUUAGUAUUCCUAAAAAGAAACUCACUGGUUUUGUUUCUUCUACUCUUGGAUCUUUAUCUGAGCUUAGACAUGUUAAUUUAAGGAGUAAUUUGUUUUCUGGUAGUUUGCCUGUUGAGCUUUUUGAGGUUCAAGGUUUGCAAAGUUUGGUUCUUUAUGGGAAUUCGUUCUCUGGGGUUAUACCUUUUGAAGUUGGGAGGCUAAAUUAUCUUCAAACUUUGGAUUUGUCACAGAAUUUCUUGAAUGGGUCUGUUCCUUUGAGUUUGCUUCAGUGUAAACGGUUGAAGGUUCUUGAUCUUAGUCGAAAUAAUUUUACUGGUUUUUUACCUGAGGGGUUUGGGGGUAACUUGUCUGCACUGGAAAAACUUGAUCUUGGUUUUAAUAAAUUUAAUGGUCCAAUUCCAAGUGACUUAGGAAAUUUGUCUAAUUUGCAAGGGACUGUUGAUUUGUCUCAUAAUAUGUUUAGCGGUUCGAUUCCGGCGAGUCUUGGUAAUCUACCUGAGAAGGUGUAUAUUGAUUUGACUUAUAACAAUUUGAGCGGUCCAAUUCCACAAAAUGGUGCUUUAAUUAACAGAGGACCUACUGCUUUUAUUGGUAAUCUUGGGCUUUGUGGACCUCCAUUGAAGAACCCGUGUUCGGCACAAAGUGAGGCAAGUUCACCGGAAUCGGAACCUUUCUUGCCUAAUAAUUCUCCCUUAGAUGGUGCUGGAAAUGAUGGGAAUACCAAAGGUUUGAGUAGAGGUGCUGUAAUUGCGAUAAUUGUUGGGGAUGUGGUUGGAAUUUGUGUUAUUGGUUUGCUAUUCUCGUAUUGUUAUUCGAGAAUCUGUGCCUGUGGAAGGAAAAAAGAUGAAUCUGGCUUUGGUUUCCAGAAGGGAGGGAAAGGAAGAAAAGAGUGUUUAUGUUUUAGGAAGGAUGAGUCAGAGACGUUAUCGGAGAAUAUUGAGCAAUAUGAUUUAGUGGCACUAGAUAAUCAAGUGGCGUUUGAUCUUGACGAACUUCUCAAGGCAUCCGCCUUUGUCCUUGGUAAAAGUGGUAUUGGCAUUGUGUACAAAGUUGUGCUUGAAGACGGGCUUAACUUGGCUGUGAGGAGACUAGGUGAGGGCGGUUCCCAAAGAUUUAAGGAAUUCCAAACAGAGGUGGAAGCAAUUGGAAAACUGAGACAUCAAAAUAUUGUGACGCUUCGUGCCUAUUAUUGGUCUGUGGAUGAGAAGCUACUGAUAUAUGACUUCAUUCCAAAUGGAAACCUUGCCACUGCAAUUCAUGGAAAACCUGGAAUGGUGUCAUUUACACCUCUUUCGUGGUCGAUUCGCCUGAAAAUAAUGAAGGGAACUGCUAAAGGGUUGGUUUAUUUACAUGAGUAUAGUCCCAAGAAAUAUGUUCAUGGUGAUCUGAAACCAUCUAAUAUAUUGCUUGGGCACGACAUGGAACCCAAAAUCUCUGACUUUGGACUUGGACGUCUUGCUAAUAUAGCGGGAGCAUCCCCUACGUUGCACUCCAAUCACAUGGCCUCCGAGAAACCACAACAAAGUAAGCAAGGCAGUGCACCAUCAGAGGCCGCGACAACAGUUACUUCAACUACAACUUCUGGUUCUUGUUACCAGGCUCCCGAGGCAUUGAAAGUGGUGAAACCA